UGUCAGAGAGUUCGGUGGGUGGAAGCCUACCUGCCUCUUCCCUCUAGCUGGUUGAACAGCUUUCAGCUCUCAAGUAGCAGGAAGAGACGUCCCAUAUCUGCCAAGUGUCGGUGCUGACUGUGUCGUGGACCUUAAAACUGAACAAGGCUCUAAGAUGGCUCAGAAAAUCAAAUCAGGCUCUGUGGUGGAGAUGCAGGGAGAUGAAAUGACUCGGGUCAUCUGGGAGCUCAUUAAGGAGAAACUCAUCUUCCCAUACCUGGAGCUCGACCUGCACAGCUAUGACCUGGGGAUGGAGAACCGCGACGCAACAGAUGACCGCGUGACUGUCGAAGCGGCAGAGGCAGUCCGCCGCUACAACGUGGGCAUCAAGUGUGCCACCAUCACUCCAGAUGAGAAACGCGUGGAGGAGUUCAAGCUGAAGCAGAUGUGGCGCUCGCCCAACGGGACCAUCCGUAACAUCUUAGGUGGAACAGUUUUCAGAGAGGCCAUCCUCUGUAAGAACAUCCCCCGCCUUGUGCCCGGUUGGAUCAGACCCAUUAUCAUCGGCAGACAUGCCCAUGGAGACCAGUACAAAGCCACAGACUUUGUGGUGCCUGGGCCCGGAAAGGUGGAAAUGACCUACACACCCACAAAUGGAGAGCCAGUCAAGUUUGUUAUCCAUGAGUUUGAGGGCACUGGUGGUGUAGCUAUGGGAAUGUACAAUACUGAUAGUUCCAUCAGGGACUUUGCUCACAGCUCCUUCCAGAUGGCUCUGUCUAAAGCCUGGCCUCUGUACCUGAGCACCAAGAACACCAUCCUGAAGAAGUAUGACGGUCGUUUCAAAGACAUCUUCCAGGAGAUCUAUGAGAAGGAAUACCGUGCUCAGUUUGAGGCCAAAGGCAUCUGGUAUGAGCACCGUCUCAUAGAUGACAUGGUGGCCCAGGCCAUGAAGUCUGACGGAGGCUUUAUUUGGGCCUGCAAGAACUACGAUGGAGAUGUCCAGUCUGACUCUGUGGCACAAGGCUACGGCUCCCUGGGUAUGAUGACGAGUGUCUUGAUCUGUCCUGAUGGAAAGACAGUAGAGUCAGAGGCUGCCCACGGCACAGUGACACGCCACUACAGAUUUCACCAGCAGGGAAAAGAAACCUCCACUAAUCCCAUUGCCUCCAUCUUUGCAUGGACGCGGGGCCUGCUCCACCGGGCAAAGCUGGACAACAAUGCAGAGCUGAGAGUGUUCUCUGAGGCGCUGGAGGCCGUUUGCAUCGAGACCAUCGAGGCUGGAUUCAUGACCAAGGAUUUGGCUAUCUGCAUCAAAGGACUGCCAAAUGUGACUCGUGCUGACUACUUGAACACCUUUGAGUUCUUGGACAAACUGGCAGAGAACCUGAAGAUUAAACUUGCCAACCCGCCCAAGCUGUGAUCUGACCUCCCAGCCUCUGCAGUUAAACACGGAAACACACACAAUCAAACACAUUCUCACGCACACAGAGACAUCUGUACAGCUACUGGAAAUACUGGCCCCCCCCAAAUGAUACUGGAGCACUGAUGAGUGUGCCUAGGACUCCAGGAGGUCUUUGGACUGAAACUAAAUCAUUCCCUAAGGCAGGGUCUGAUCACGCAGGGUGCCUUGUCCAGAAGAAAGGGGGAAUGGAGGCUUUUAAUCCAUGUAGGCCAACGUCCCUCUCAAUACAUCACUAGUAGACCAUAAAGCCAUACUGUGGCAGUGCAGACACACCAUUCAAACAUUAACUGACACUGGAUAAAUUACCUGACGGGCCAGUGACCUCGUUUACCCUAAUUGCACUAGGUUCCCUGAAGUGAGUGUGAUGUGUGUUAGUAUUUGUUGAUCAGUGCUAAUCCCAACGGACCCUCACUGCCUUAUUCACUUUGUGUCAAAUCAUCUGUUGGUUCUGGUCAUUCCCUACAUCAUAUCAUGUUGUAACAAACCUCAGCCAUUUGAUUGACAACAUUGUAUGUUUUAGUGCCAUUAACAGCCACAGGGAAUCGGCCUGUUUUUCAUAAAUGACACCUCUCAGCAUGUUUGUACACUGGCCAUACAUACACAAUUUUUCGUCACGCAACACGAAACACAGAACACAAGGACUGACAUGUUCAUUGAGCAAACAAGAGCUCUGACUCAUUUACACAAUUUAGAAACAGAUUAAGAUUAUAAAUUGUGCUUUUAGAUUUUGUACUCACACUGGUUGAAAAAGAUGUAUUUAUUUGUCCUUCCUUUGUGUGUGUGUGUGUGUGUGUGCGUGUGUAUUAACGUCCAGUAUGUCAGUAAUUCAAAUCAUGCUAAACUGUCUUCAUCAAAAUGUCCAUCUGUUGGUUCGUCAUCAAUAUUAUGUUCAAGUAACUCACAAUAAAUGAGUUUUUGAAGAAA